UCGGGGGUCCCAGCCCCAUUUCGGCGCUUUCCCGCCGCCGCAGGUAAAUCCAUGAAUGAAUCACCUUUGUCCGAACCCCAUUGGCUGCCGCCGCGGAGGGGCGGGGCCUGCCGGCUAUAUAAGCGGCCGGAAGCCGCGCUGCCCUCAGAGCCGCUCCCAAUCCCGCCAUGGCCGCCGCGCUCCGGCCGCUCCGCGCCCUCAGCCGCGCCGCGCCGCCGCCCCGCGCCCGCCGCCUGCAGCUCAGCGCCGCCCGGGGCGAUGCCGUGGUGAUCUCGGGGAGGAAACUGGCCCGGCAGAUCCGGCAGGAAGCGCGGCACGAGGUGCAGCAGUGGGUGGCUGCCGGCAACAGGAGACCCCACCUGAGCGUGGUCCUGGUGGGGGAGAACCCGGCCAGCCACUCCUACGUGCUCAACAAAACCAAAGCGGCGGCGGAUGUGGGGAUCAGCAGCGAGACCAUCCUCAGGCCAGCCUCCAUCAGCGAGGAGGAGCUGCUGGAGCUGAUCGCCAAACUCAACAGCGACGCGGCCGUGGACGGGCUCCUGGUGCAGCUUCCCCUGCCUGAGCACAUCGACGAGCGCAGGGUCUGCAACGCCGUGAGCCCACACAAGGACGUGGACGGGUUCCACGUGCUCAACGUGGGCAGGAUGUGCCUGGACCAGGACUCCAUGCUGCCAGCCACGCCCCGGGGCGUCUGGGAGAUCAUCCAGAGGACGGGGAUCCCCACGCUGGGCAGGAACGUGGUGGUGGCGGGCAGGUCCAAGAACGUGGGCAUGCCCAUCGCCAUGCUGCUGCACACCGACGGCCGCCACGAGCGCCCCGGAGGUGACGCCACGGUGACGAUCUCACACCGCUACACGCCCAAGGAGCAGCUGAAGCAGCACACGAUCCGCGCCGACAUCGUGGUGGCUGCUGCAGGCAUCCCCAACCUGAUCACGGCCGACAUGAUCAAGGAGGGCGCGGCGGUGAUCGACGUGGGCCUCACCCGCGUGCAGGACCCGCUCACGGCCCAGCCCAGGCUCGUCGGGGACGUGGAUUUCGAAGGGGUGAGGAAGAAGGCGAGUUACAUCACGCCGGUGCCCGGCGGCGUGGGGCCCAUGACGGUGGCCAUGCUGAUGAAGAACACCAUCAUCGCCGCCAAGAAACGGCCCAAAGCCCCCGAGCUCGGGGCUCUGAACGGAGCCGGGCUUAGCGAGGGGCCCCUCAGAGCCGGGCUUAGCGAGGGAUCCCUCUGAGCACCACCAUCGCUGCCUAGAAACUGCUGAAACCCCGCGAGCUCGGGGCUCUGCCUGCCUAAACUGGGCCAGGCUUAGCGAGGGGCCCCUCAGAGCCGGGCCCAAACGCAGCAUUUGUUAUUUAUUGUCUCGUGCGUGGGGCUCGUCCCCACCUGAGCUCACGGGUAUUUGUGGAGGCGUAGCUGAGCUGGGACUACCCAAACUCAGUUUUGUGUCUGAGCUGGGACUACCCAAACUCAGCUCUGUGGCUGAGCUGGGACUACCCAAACUCCUCCUGCUUGGUGUUUGAGCUGGGACUACCCAAACUCACCUCUGUGGCUGAGCUGGGACUACCCAAACUCCUCCUGCUUGGUGUUUGAGCUGGGACUACCCAAACUCAGCUCUGUGUGAGCUGGGACUACCCAAACUCAGCUUUGUGGCUGAGCUGGGAGUACCCAAACUCCUCCUGCUUGGUGUUUGAGCUGGGAUUAUCCAAACUCAGUUUUGUUUUUGGGUUAGGAUUAUCUACACUCCUCCUGCUUUGUUUUUGAGCUGGGAUUAUCCACACUCCUGCUUUGUUUUUAGGUUGGGAUUAUCCGCACUCCUCUUGGUUUGUAUCUAAACUCAGCUUUGUGUUUGAGCUGGGAUUACCCACACUCAGCUUUGUGUUUGAGCUGGGAUUAUUCACACUCCUGCUUUGUAUCCAAACUCCUGGUUUUUGUUUGACCCAGGAUCAUCCAAACUCAGCUUUGUGCUUGAGCUGGGGUUACCACACUCAGCUUUGUGCUUGAGCUGGGAUUUGAUGCAAUUCCCAAAUCCUGGCACUCCCAACUCCCCCUCAGUGCUGGAUUUUAGUUUGAGCUCUUCUCUAGAGGAAUUACUUGAAAUAAUGAAACUAAAAUUAAAACUGAAAGCCAUACUUGAGUCCUGGGCCUGCGCAGGAGUGCAGCUAGGCCGGGCUUUUCUUGCCCUUGGAAGGGGUGGGGAAUUCUGUAAAAGCUUUUUGUGGGACCAAAGAAGCCCCGGGGGUGGGGGAGCUUUGCUGGGCUGUGUGGGAGGUGGGAGUACCCAGGGAGUAUCACUGGCUGCCUGAAUAAAGCGGAAAAAAAAAAUAAAUAAAAAAUAAAUUAAAACAAUAAA